AUGGAGCUGGAGAAAACCUACGCGCCCCGGGCCGGUGUUUCAGGACAUGGAGGCGUGAAUCAGCUGGGGGGUGUUUUUGUGAACGGCCGCCCCCUCCCAGAUGUCGUUCGCCAAAGGAUUGUGGAGCUCGCCCACCAAGGGGUCCGGCCGUGUGACAUCUCCCGGCAGCUCCGCGUCAGCCACGGCUGCGUCAGCAAAAUACUUGGCAGGUAUUACGAAACCGGGAGUAUUAAGCCUGGAGUGAUUGGAGGAUCAAAACCAAAGGUCGCCACACCCAAAGUCGUCGAAAAAAUUGCAGAGUACAAACGCCAAAAUCCCACCAUGUUUGCCUGGGAGAUCAGGGACAGGCUCCUUGCUGAGCGAGUCUGCGACAACGACACCGUGCCCAGCGUCAGUUCAAUUAACAGGAUCAUACGGACGAAGGUGCAGCAGCCGCCCAACCAGCAGGUCCCAGCCUCCAGUCACAGCAUAGCCUCCACGGGGUCUGUGACCCAGGUGUCCUCCGUCAGCACUGACUCGGCCGGCUCGUCCUACUCCAUCAGCGGGAUCCUGGGAAUCGCCUCCCCCGGCACCGAGAGCAACAAGCGCAAGCGGGAUGAAGGUAUUCAGGAAUCUCCAGUACCAAAUGGCCAUUCUCUCCCGGGUAGAGAUUUUCUUCGAAAACAGAUGCGAGGAGACCUUUUCACCCAGCAGCAGCUAGAAGUGUUGGAUCGAGUCUUCGAGAGGCAACAUUAUUCUGACAUUUUCACAACAACUGAGCCCAUCAAACCAGAGCAGUGGUGCUCCAUGCUGAUGAGACAGUGCGUGGUACAACCGCAGGCAGUCAUUUUUCAGGCCAUCUGUGUGGCCGCAGCAGACAGUGAUUCCCCCGAAAUCCCGCUGCGGGGCCCCGUGCGGGAGGCAGGGUCGGGGUGUCCCUUGGGCGGCACGCUGCUGGCUGCGCUCUCGGAGGGACCCCAGCCCCCCGCUCCGGGGCCGGAGGGAGAUGGGGACACCCCGCUGCCCACUUGCUGUCGCGAGCUGGCAAGCACAACCCUCCCAGGAUACCCUCCGCAUGUCCCCCCUGCCGGACAGGGCAGCUACUCAGCUCCAGCGCUGACAGGAAUGGUGCCUGGGAGCGAGUUUUCUGGGAGCCCGUACAGCCACCCACAAUACUCAACGUACAACGACUCCUGGAGGUUUCCCAACCCUGGACUCCUGGACCUUCCAGAAGGCAGGAUCCCAAUUUUUUAG